UCUAAACAAACACCCUUCACAUUCAUUCUUUGCUUCUUCCUUUUCUGAAUAUCACGAGAUCCCCAUCUCGCUCUCUCUCACUCUCUCUCUCCCUCUCCCUUAACUCUUUAAUGUCUUCUUCUUCCUCAUCUGCUUCAUCAUCACAGCCUCUUCUUCUUCUUCUUCCUCUGCUUCUGGGUUUGGGUCUGUGAGUCUCUUCUGCUUUGCACCCAUUGCUGUUCUUGGAGUAAAGCCCUCACUGGGGUCUCACAUUGUUGACUCUCUGUAAAAAAAUCCUAUUUUGAGACUUUGAGUGAAAAAAAUAUUCGAUUUUUAUUGUGUUUUUGUUUCCGGCUUUGCUGUUCUCGGAAAUGUCGCACUCCGGGAAGCCCAUUUCGGAGCCGGGAGUCGACUCGCUCUCCGAUCGCCUCCGUGACUCACUGAGUUGCUGCGAGGCCAACAACAAGCCCGAUUUCCGAGAACUCGAUCUGGGCUCGCCGGUUUCGCCUCUCCGGACUCGCCAGAGCGGCGGCCUCGCCACCGCCACAAGCAGCAGCUCCAGUUCUUCCGGAUCGGUCUCGGGUCGGAAUGGGCCCAACCCGGUCGCCAAGCGCUCCGGGUCCGGUUCGGGUCCCAACAACCACUCCGGCGAGCUCUCCGGGUCCAGCGAGAGCAGUCCCACGAAUACCCGGAGCAAUUCCAAACCGGGUCACAAGAGAUCCGACUCCGGGUCGGCCCACCCGCUAAUCUACUCGGGUCAAAGCUCCUCCGCCGUGAACUCCUCCCCGAGAUCGAAUAAUGUUCUCCCGGCCGGGAACAUCUGCCCGUCCGGGAAGAUUCUCAAGGCGGGCACGGUGCCCAAUCGGAGCUCCAGAAGCGACGUUUUGGGCUCCGGGACGGGGUUUUACGGCCACGGGAGCAUAAUGCGGGGCGGCGCGGCGGCCAAGACGGAGGCGGUGAGCUCGAGGACGAGCGGCGGAGGCGGCGGUGAGUUGAAGAGAGUGAUGGACCCGGAGGAGGUGAAGAGAGCUGGGAAUGAGCAUUAUAGAAGAGGCAAUUUUUCAGAGGCUUUGAGCUUGUAUGAUCGGGCAAUUGCUCUUUCGCCGGCCAAUGCGGCUUACCGGAGCAACCGGGCUGCGGCAUUGACGGGGCUACGGCGGCUGGGGGAGGCGGUGAGGGAGUGUGAGGAGGCUGUGAAGUUGGAUCCCAAUUAUGGCAGAGCUCACCACCGGUUGGGUUGUUUGUUUGUUAGGUUAGGGCAGGUCGAUAAUGCCAGGAAGCAUCUUUGUUUUCCAGGGCUGCAGCCGGAUGCGGCUGAGUUACGGAAAUUAGAGGUAGUAGAGAAGCAUCUUAAAAAAUGUACAGAUGCCCGUCGUAUAGGUGACUGGAAGAGUGUGUUGAGGGAAAAUGAUUCUGCUAUUGCUGCUGGGGCUGACUCUUCUCCCCAGCUCGCUAUGUGUAGAGCGGAAGCACAUUUGAAGCUCCACCAAAUUGACGAUGCUGAAUCAGUCCUAUCAAACAUACCCAAAUCAGACACAGAUACCAAGUCCUCACUAUCAAAGUUCUUCGGGAUGCUUUCUGAAGCAUACACUUACUUUGUCUUGGCCCAAAUUGAGAUGGCAUUUGGAAGGUUUGAGAAUGCAGUUACUGCUGCUGAGAAAGCUGGAAAGAUUGAUCCCCGAAACCUUGAAGUUGCGUCGCUGCUUCAAAAUGUGCGAAUGGUGGUGAGAGCUCGUGCCCGUGGCAAUGAUCUCUUUAAGUCUGAAAGGUUCACAGAAGCAUGCUUAGCAUAUGGAGAUGGUCUGAGGCUUGAUCCUUCAAACUCCGUUCUAUUUUGCAAUAGAGCAGCUUGUUGGUUUAAGCUUGGGAUGUGGGAGCAUUCCAUUGAAGACUGCAACCAGGCCCUACGCAUUAAACCAAAUUACACAAAAGCUCUUCUUCGUAGGGCUGCAUCAAACAGCAAGCUUGAAAGAUGGGUUGAUGCUGUUAGAGACUAUGAGGUUUUGAGGAGGGAGCUUCCUGAUGACAGUGAAGUUGCUGAAUCAUUGUUUCAUGCUCAAGUUGCAUUGAAAAAAUCUCGAGGGGAAGAAGUGCAUAAUAUGAAGUUUGGGGGUGAAGUAGAAGAAAUAUCAGGUCUUGAGCAGUUCAGAGCUGCAAUAUGUUUACCAGGUGUCUCCGUGGUUCAUUUCAAAGCAUCAUCUGAUUUGCAAUGCAAGCAAAUAUCACCUUUUGUAGACACGCUCUGUAGCCGCUAUCCAUCCAUAAAUUUCCUCAAGGUUGACAUUGAAGAAACCCCUGCAAUUGCAAACAUUGAAAAUGUGAAGAUUGUACCAACAUUCAAGAUAUACAAAAACGGUAGCCGGGUGAAGGAAAUGGUGUGCCCCGGUCGUGAAAUGUUAGAACACUCGGUCAGGCAUUAUAGCUUUUAGAAUUUAGAAAACUGUACUGUAAUUCUGCUUAAUCUCUGCUGUAUUUUUGCAUUUUUCUUGCUGCUUCCCCACCCCCAGUUCGAUAGAGAACCCUUCCAUUCAACCUCCGCUCCUCUAUUUACCAGCUACCUGUGCCAUAAUCAAUAUCACCAAAUAAUCUCAGUUACCAGCCAAUGCCAUUGGGUUCCAGAGAGGUAGCUUAGUUCCUUUCUCAGUUUUCAUUUAUUCAUUCAUUCCCCAUUGCUCUCUGGUUCCAGUUUCUUCCUCCUUUUCCUCUCAUCUUUAUAUAAAAUGUAGGCUGGUCUGGGUUCUGUAUACCUUGUUCCAAAAAAAGAAUAUCCAUGUACAAUUGUUUAGUUCACCCUUGAGUGGGUUAGAGAGAUAGAGAGAGAGGUGAGUGGGAGUGAGAGAGAGGUGAGAGGAGGGUGAGUGAAGAAGAGGGAGGGAGAGAGAUGCUGGCUGGUUGUAGAAGAGGAUUUGUACAUGUAUAUAUGUGAUGAUACAUGCAGAAAAAAAUGGAAGUAGGGGAGGGGAUUAGAUGUCUGGUGGGUGGGUACUUACUGGG